CCGACACAGUUUGCAGUUUAUUUGAAAGCUCAAGAGAACAAAAAUAGUUACUAAUUUCUUGAUACAAAUUGUGAUAACUAGAGAAUGAUCAUGGAAACCCAAAAUGAAACUGUGAUAUUGGAAAUAGAAAGCACUACAUUAGAAUGUAAUAAAGCAUUGCUCAUUAAUAAUAGCGAUUAUUUUAGAGCAAUGCUAACUGGAAAUUUUAAGGAAAGUGCUCAAGAAAUAAUUAAAAUUCAGGAAGUAGAUUUAAAAUCAUUCAAAACCAUCCUUUCACUCCUACAAGAUGACCGAUACAUAGUAGAUGAUAAAGAACUGCAUUUAAUUCUCCAGGUCGCUUGUAUGUUGCAAUUCAGCUCAAUAAAGCAACUAUGCGAGACCAGAAUAAUGGAAAUACUCAAUCCUUCAAUUUGCCUGCCUGUAUGGAAAACGACGGAAUCGUUGGACAUAAGUCCUCAUUGGUUGAAAGCCAAAUCAAUGGCCCUAGAGGAAUUUACCAAUAUCUCUGAUAGUCAAAUUUCUGAAUUAGGUUUAGAUGAUGUUUGCAAGUAUUUGGGAAAUUUGUAUUUGAAUGUUAAAUGCGAAUUUGCUGUGUUUCAAAAAGCCAUGAAUUGGUGGUAUGAAAAUCAAGAACACUUCAAGGGGCAAAAAGUCGAUACGAUUCUAAGAUUAUUAAAUUGUAUUGAUUUUAAAACAAUUCAAGAUAAUGAAGUUAAGGAAAUGCAAACCUAUCCUGAUAUAGCUAAUAAUGAAGAUAUUAUAAGCAUAUUGAAUUGUCUUGUAGUUUUAAGAGCAAAUGCUAAUGUGGAAACAUUUUCUGAAAAACAUAUAAACUUUGCUAAGCAUUUUCUGAAUUGUGAAAGUAGGAAAAAGCCUUUGAUUCCUUGUAUUUUGUUUAAGGGUGAAACUGUGUAUGCAAAUACUUGUCGCGAUAUUUGUCAACAAAUGAUAAAUGUAGUAGUUGCAGAUACAGUAUCAAAAGAUCCAGAAACAGUAUUCCAAAUUGACAUGGACAAAAUGAGAAAUUUAGUGGGCUACAAAUUAACAUCAUACAAAGAAUUUGUUUUUUUAUAUGGAGGCGAAUACUUUAUGGGAAUAGGAAAUUGGAAUUUCAAUUUCUGGGCAUAUGAUACGUUCAAAGGAAAAUGGGAAAGGAAAAGCAAGUUGCCACAAGAGCGAAGACAUUUUGAAUCCGCGAUAGUAGAUCAUUGCAUUUAUUUGAUAGGAGGCAUAGGCAAAUUUAGAGUCGUUCAGGAAAACAUGGUAUGGUACGAUUUUAUUGCUGACAAAUGGAGUCCAGUAAUUCCACUACCAUCCACCAAUAAUAGGAAUUUCCAAUGUUGCUCAUUUAAUGGUAAACUUUGCAUGGUUUACUCUGUGGAAAAACGUGCCUACUUGUAUGAUAAAGAAAAAACUAAUUGGACGCAAAUUGAAAUACAGAUUGACAAUGAAAUUGUUCCGCCUUUUCGAGUCGUUUCCGAUGAUAAUUAUUUGUAUAUCUUACGCUCAGAUUCCACAGGCAAUUAUUGUGUACGGCUUAAAUUGGAAAAAAAUAAAUUUGUGCCCACGAAACAAAUCUACUUGAACUCCAUCAAGGCAUAUUCAUUUGAGGUAGUACUAUGUAACGACACCAUUUAUUCGUUUUAUAUUGAUGAUGGUUUUAAAGAUUUUCAAUAUACAUUUGAAUCACUCAAUUUGAAAACUGAAGCUGUCGAAUGUAUUUUUCAAAAUAACCGCAAACCAUUUCACUUGACCAAAGAUAAUGUCUUGUUUUCUGUGAAUUAUUAUUCCUUUGUUAAGGAAGAUAAUUUCAUAAAUAACCAAAAUGUGUUUUAAAUAUAAUAAUUUUGUAUGUUUUGCAAUAAUUAUUUCAAUUUCCCGAUUCUUGCUGAAAUAAGAACAGAUUUGAAGUGACUAGUCCAACUUUG